ACCGUCCACCUCACCCUCACCCUCAGGCCUGGGAAAAGUGCGUAUAAAAAAGCCGACGCGUUCGUCUUUUCCCAGACUUUCACCUUCAGAUCCCAUAUACCAGGCCCCGGAGAAAGCCACUUCCCACAUAACCACGCCCAUAUCCACCUCCCAACCAUGCGCUUCCUCACCCUCACGGUCGUCGCCGUCGCAAGCCUCUUCACCUCAACCCUCGCGGCCCCCUUGUCCCCUCACCAAUUAGUCAUCACGGCCUCGAAGCAGCCCCACGUGGAAGGCCACCGUCUCAUCCAGUUUGGACCCCAGGAGACGAAAUGGAUGUCGGAGGAAGAUGUGUUGGGCUUGAUUAGGGAUGGGAAGCAUUUCGUGGAUGUGACGGAUGGGGAUAUUGAACGGGUUGUUACCGGGAAGCAGUUUGCUGCUGUUGCUCCCAAAGCCCUCCCAACGACCCUCACCCACCAAACCCUCGUCAAGGACCUCAUCGGCCAAAUCUCCCAAGACAACCUCAAGACCUUCCUCACCUCCUUCUCCACCGUCGCGAUCAACCGCUACUACCGCGCCACCUACGGCCAGCAAUCCGCCCAAUGGCUCUUUAACCAACUGCAAGCCGAAGCCGACAAAUCCAACCGCUCAGGCGGUCCAAACGUCACCGUGUCUAAAUUCGCCCACUCCUGGGCCCAGUUCUCCGUGAUCGCCACCAUCCAGCCCCCACCCGGCGUGACCAACAAAGAGGAGGUCGUCAUCGGCGCCCACCAGGACUCAAUCAACGGCGCGAACCCCAUGCGCGGAAAAGCUCCGGGAGUCGACGACGAUGGUUCGGGUGUCUCAACCAUCUUCGAAGCCUACCGCCUGAUCCUGCAAAACAAGAUCACCUUCAACCGCCCGAUCUCCUUCAUGUUCUACGCGGGCGAGGAAGCCGGUCUGCUCGGCUCGCAGAAGAUUGUUGCGGACUACAAGGCGCGCAAUGUCCCUAUUUACGGCGCGUACCAAUCUGAUAUGGCUGGGUGGACGCCGGCGGGCAAGGAGGAGAUUAUUGCCCUUGCGCAGGAUUAUGUGGACGCGGGCCUUACGGCUUUCUUGAAGAAGGUUGGCGAUGAGUAUGCGAGCGUGAAGGUGGUCGAGACCGAGUGUGGGUAUGGGUGCAGUGACCAUGCGUCGUGGACCAAGGCUGGAUACCGCGCGGCGUUUGCUUUCGAGUCGUUGUUCGAUGACUCGAACCCCCACAUUCACACCGCGGACGACACCCUGAAAUACAUCUCCUUCCCGCACAUGGUCGAGUUCGUCAAGAUCAUCUUGGGAUUCGCUAUCGAGCUCGGGCAGGAGAAGUAGAUUCGUAGCCUUCGUGGCAUGACGUCUGGACUUUUUCUGUUCCCUUGGACCCUGCUUGUUUACCAUUCUAGUGGUCUUAAUCGCACCCCAU